CUCGAGCGCGCAUUCGAACAGUGAUGAAAACGGUGAUGAUUGUCACCAAGCCAAGUGAUGUUCGUCUUAUUAAACUUACACGAGAAUUAGUCAAGUACUUGAUAACGACACCUCGAUAUGGCAAAGAUCAUGGUGUUGUCAUAUAUGUGGACGAAAAUCUCAAAAAUGAAAAAAGAUUCAAAUACGAAGAACUAUUAAAGUCAUCCCCACUUAUCGAAGAUAAUCUUAAAUUCUGGACAAGAGAAUUAUGUGCGAAUCAAUCGGAGAUUUUUAAUUUUGUACUCACGCUUGGUGGUGAUGGAACUGUUCUCUACACAUCAUGGCUAUUUCAAAAAGUUGUUCCCCCGGUGAUGUCGUAUCGUUUGGGAUCAUUGGGAUUUUUGACAAAUUUUGAUUAUCAACAUUAUCACGAACAUCUUACUAAUGCUAUGGAAAAAGGAAUUCGUGUUAACCUUCGAAUGCGUUUCACAUGUACCGUGUAUCGUCGCAUUGUUACGUCCGACAAUAAAAUGAUGGCAAAAAGAUGCGGGGAGACUGGUGAGAUCAUGAUGGAAAAUAUAAUGAAUGGCAACGGAAGUUGGGAUGCCGUGGAAAGCAAGGCACCUAUUGAUUCAAUAGCCGAGCAUCACUGUGCGCUUGAUAAGAAUUUGCCGUGUUUCGUUACUCAGCCGGUGGAAACUUUUGAGGUUUUGAACGACUUGGUCGUUGAUCGUGGUGUAGAACCUUAUAUGAGUUUAUUAGAAUUAUUUGCCGAUGAUGAACAUUUGACCACAGUUCAGGCGGAUGGUUUAGUAGUUGCAACUCCAACUGGAUCAACGGCAUAUUCUGUUUCAGCCGGUGGAUCACUUGUUCACCCAGAAAUAUCGGCACUUUUGCUCACUCCAAUUUGUCCACACACUUUAUCAUUUAGACCAAUGCUUUUGCCGGAUUCGACGGAACUUCGGAUAUGUGUUCCAUUUAAUAGUAGAAGUACAGCCUGGGCUAGUUUUGAUGGACGCGGUAGACUCGAAUUAAAAAGGGGAGAUCAUAUCAAAGUCACACCAUCGAAAUUUCCAUUUCCGUCCGUGUGUUUGGAUAACCAAUCACGUGAUUGGUUUACCUCAUUGACGCGAUGUCUGAGAUGGAAUGAACGAGAAAGACAAAAAGGAUUCGUGGUAGUAGAAGAUCACGUCACUGACAAUGAAACUGAUCAUGAUGAUAAAGGUGAAGAGAACGAUGCCGGACCUUACAAAAUUCAUAAUACCAGUAAUAGUCAAAGUGAUGAUGAUGACACAUCGACCAAAGUAGAAGAGGAAAGUGAGCAAGGGGAGAAAAACGAAGAUUUACAUUGCAGUAGUGAAGAGACGGGAAGUGGAAGUAGUGGCGGUGAGCAUGAAGAAGGUGAUGAGCCUGGAAAGUGGCGUGUUGUUACUCGUGGAAAAAGUG